UUUUUUCCAUUUCGCGUAUAGGGUUCUUCACUACGAGAUUCGGAUCAUCGAAAGCCAUGGCUAGGCAGGUCACGAGACUUCUCGGAUCUCUCUCGUCCAAAGUUCGUUCUUCCGGCGGCGUCUCAGAGGUGUACCCUUCAUGCUGCUAUCUCACUUCGUUGACACAGUCUCGCUCCUUCGGGACGACUCCUCCGCCUCCUGCGGCCGUUUUUGUCGACAAAAACACCCGAGUCAUCUGCCAGGGUAUCACCGGAAAGAACGGGACUUUCCACACUGAACAAGCUAUUGAAUACGGCACCAAAAUGGUAGCAGGAGUGACACCAAAGAAGGGUGGAACAGAACAUUUGGGUCUCCCUGUAUUUAACACCGUUGCUGAAGCUAAGGCUGAGACUAAAGCUAAUGCCUCUGUGAUUUACGUUCCUGCUCCUUUCGCUGCUGCUGCUAUCAUGGAAGGUGUGGCUGCUGAGUUAGAUCUUGUUGUUUGCAUUACUGAAGGGAUUCCUCAGCAUGAUAUGGUUCGUGUUAAGGCUGCUCUUAACAGUCAAUCAAAAACUAGGCUGAUUGGUCCUAAUUGCCCUGGUAUUAUCAAACCUGGUGAAUGCAAGAUUGGGAUCAUGCCUGGAUACAUCCACAAGCCGGGAAAGAUAGGGAUUGUUUCGCGAUCCGGAACAUUGACAUAUGAAGCUGUUUUCCAAACAACUGCAGUAGGUCUGGGGCAAUCUACAUGUGUAGGAAUUGGUGGGGAUCCUUUUAACGGCACAAAUUUUGUUGACUGCUUGGAGAAGUUCUUUGUUGACCCUCAAACAGAAGGUAUCGUUCUCAUUGGAGAAAUCGGUGGUACUGCGGAAGAAGAUGCCGCUGCUUUGAUAAAGGAAAGUGGGACAGACAAGCCUGUAGUUGCUUUCAUUGCUGGACUUACUGCACCACCCGGUCGUCGAAUGGGUCAUGCGGGAGCCAUUGUCUCCGGCGGUAAGGGCACGGCUCAAGACAAGAUUAAGAGCCUAAGAGACGCUGAAGUUAAGGUGGUUGAGUCACCAGCUAAGAUUGGUGCGGCGAUGUUUGAGCUUUUUCAAGAAAGAGGUCUUUUGAAGUAGAAAGUUAAUUAAUAUCCCAUAUUGUGAUCAAUCAGCGAACCUCUCUAAUAACAAAGAGUUUGCAAAGAUGAGAGAAAGGCAAAACCCCAAAUUUCAUUGCCAUGGAUCAACAUUUUUGGGGUUGUUUCUCUCGCUAAAAGAUUAUUGCAGAGAGAUGGUGUCUCUUUUUGAUGCCAUUCUAUUUUGGAGUUUAUUGAAAUUGGCCCCUGUUUCUUUUGUUUUUAUUUUCUUUAUAUUACAACAAGAAACGAGAAUAAAACAAUUUCACGAA